AAACGACAAUCGGUUGAUUUGCAAUCUUCGGGGAGUCAAGAUGCCUAGCUCCUGCCAUCAAAUAAGAGACGCGCUUGCAGAAUGUCUACAGCAAUCCGACUGUAUCAUGGUCCAGCGGCACACUCCGCGAGAGUGUCUCAGUGCUCCAUAUGUCGAUGAAUUGCCUGUGAAAUGCCAGCAACUCCGAAAAGGGUUCAGCGAGUGCAAACGCGGACUGAUCGAUAUGCGCAAACGAUUCCGAGGAAAUCAGCCUCUCGGUUCUUCCAAGAUAGAGGGCGGGCCUGGCUCUGAGCAGAAGCAACAGCUAUAUGCGGGAAAGCCGGCCUUCACUACCGUCAAGGAGAUUAGCGGCGACGAGGUCCAGAUGGACCCUGAGAAGACGAGGGGUCUGUGA